AUGGCCGACCGCACACCUGCGCCCCGAAAGCGCGCCACUCCCAAGUCUACCGGCGCUGAAGACGCACAAGGUCGGCUUCUAGUCAGCAUGUUGUUCCAAGUCUAUCUAUCUCACGAGGAGGAUAGUUUUACAAAGUGGAACGAGUUCAUGGACGCGGUGAAGGAGGCUGAAGGCGCCGAGAUCUUGUUUGUUACCGCAGACGCACCAUUUUUCUGCUACAAGGUCGAAGCUGGCUACCCAGAUCCGUUGAAAGAGCUUGUCGAUGCAGACACCUUUGUCGACUUUGGAGAGUACAAGGAAUACAAGGAGACUGCGGAGCCGACCGUACCGGCGCUUGAGUAG